UUUUUAUAGUUCAAAAUCGCUGUUUUUUCAAUUGCUGUAUGCUUUGUUCUGUCAGUAUUCUCAUUGAUGUUGGAUGCUGGUGAAUUAGCUUGGCUAUCUCUAAAUGUACACCAUAUGAAAUUCUUAAAAAUGGAAGGAUUUGUUUGCAAGGAUAGUUUUCUUAGGCACAAAGUCUACAAUUUUACAGUUUGUAAAUGUAAACUGGGAGAAGAAACUGGUUCGACCGUCUCUUUUUAUCUUAGUUGGACUUCUUGUAAGCUAUUGAUGGCUCAGUAUUAUGUUUACUUUAUAAUCGUGUUCUUUACAUCAAUGUUGCUGUGGUCUCUGUUUGUUCACGCUUGCCUCUUUUGUUCUUAUUCUAAAGCGGAUUUCACAGAUAAUAAAUGCAGGGAACGUGGAUGACACUCCAUUGAACGACGACUUUGAUAAUCUUCAUGGUAGUUACGUCACAUCGUAAAUUCUUCAAUUACAUUGAACGAUAACUCAGUGCUUUCAUAUUUAACUUUACAAUGUCAAGAAAAAUGUGUAACAUGCAAUGUCAAAAAUAUGAAGAUUUUAAUUCAUUUCUAA